CACUCGGUUUCUUCUUAACCUUCCAUGUGGUCACUGCAGCUUCUUCCCCCUUUCCUCCUCAACUGAAGAACACACAUUCUCUCUUCUCUACACUUCGAAAUUUGUGCUUAAGAUUCUACAUCUUUUCUACUCAUAGAAUCGAAUCUAGCAACUACUAUCAAGCUUGACUCCAAGAUCUUUACUUUAAACAUUCUCGAUGGUUUCCGAAUCAUGGUUUCAUAGCAUCUGGAAACCUUCAAAGAACCACAACCAUGGUCCAGAAAAGGCACGAAUUGGAGUGUUGGUGUUUGAAGUAGCAAGUGUAAUGUCCAAGCUUGUUCAUCAAUGGAACUCCCUUACAGAUAAACAAGUCAUGAAGUUAAGAGAAGAGAUCAGCAACUCAGUAGGCAUCAAAAAGCUCAUAUCAGAAGACGAUGAUCAUGUAGUAGACUUAAUCUGCACCGAAAUGCUUCACAACUUAGAAAACAUUGCAAAAGUUGUAACAAGACUCUCAAAGAAAUGCAAAGAUCCCCUUCUAAUUUGCUUUGAACGUGCAUACGAUGAUUUGAUCAAACAUGGUGUUGAUCAAUACCAAUGGCAAGUUUCUUGGAAGAAGAUGAACACAAAAGUGAAAAAGAUGGAAACUUUCAUCAUGGUUAAUGCAAAUCUAUAUCAAGAAAUGGAAACCCUAACUGAGCUUGAACAAAUGUUGAAGAGAAUGAAGAACAACGAAGAUCAUGACACCAUAAUUGUAGCUGAAUACACAAAGAAGGUGACAUUGAAGCAGAAACAAGUGAGGCGUUUGAAAGAGAUCUCAUUAUGGAACAGGACAUACGACUAUGUUGUCCUCCUUCUUGCAAGAUCUAUUUUCACCAUUUUUGCUAGAAUUGGACACGUAUUUGGAAUCACUCAUGUCUUACCUCAAAUUGAAGAAAGUAUGGUGAUAGAUUCUUCACGCAAUCAAUCCGUAUCUGGGUUUCUUGAAUCUUCAGUUACAAUGUUCAAUUCAGGUCCCUUGGGUAACAUUAAUGCCAAAUCCGGCCCGAUUUCAAAAUUCUACUCGGGCCCACUUGGUAAACAAAGAAACACAAGUUAUUUUUCAGGAACAAUCGCGAAUCCAACAUCAUCAAAAUCAGGUCCUUUGACUCGAGCUGCUAAAUCCGGGCUAAAAUGGUGGAAUAAUUCAUCAAAGAUCCAUGGAAAAAGCAUCACCCCUAAUCUUUCAAGUACUAAUUCAAAGACCCACAAUCAAGUUUCAAGAUUUUCUAGCAAAAAGCAAAAACCCCAAAUUGCCCCUCCUCCUCCAGAAACCCUUGGUGCUGUUGCUUUAGCUUUACACUAUGCGAAUGUGAUUAUAGUACUUGAGAAAUUAGUAGCAUCACCUCAUUUGAUUGGGCAUGAUGCAAGAGAUGAUUUAUACAACAUGUUGCCUAAAACAGUGAGAAAUGGUUUAAGGGGAAGGUUAAAACCAUAUGCAAAAAGUAUGGGUUCUUGUGUUUAUGAUAAUGAUCUUGCAGAAGAAUGGAGUGAGGCUAUGUUGGGAAUUUUGGAUUGGUUAUCACCACUUGCUCAUAAUAUGAUAAGAUGGCAAAGUGAAAGAAGUUUUGAGCAUCAAAAUUUGCUUUCUAGAACCAAUGUUCUUUUAGUGCAAACUGUUUACUAUGCAAAUCAAGAAAAGAUUGAAGCUAUGAUUGUUGAGCUUUUGGUGGGGCUUAAUUAUAUAUGGAGGUUUAGUAGGGAAGUUAAUGCAAAAAGUUUGGAGUGUGAGAAUGGUGUUGAUGACUGAUGAUUAGGGUACACUCUUUACAAUACAAGUUCAUAAUUUUCUGUUUGAAAGCCAUAUAUAUGUGUUAUUGGCUUCUUGUUAGGUGGUCGUAAUAGGGUAGAUUUAUAUAUAUACACUUAACUGUGAAAUUAUAAGGUUUUUACUAUAGAUAUAAGAUGUUUGAGAACUGAGGUUGAUGUGGUUUUGGACAUCUAAUAAUAUUCUGUCUUGAACUAAAUGUAUAGAGGUAUGAUCUAUAAUAGUAUUGUGUAACCCUUUUCUAUAA